AUGGAAGUGGUCGCGUCGGCGCCGGGGAAGGUGCUCGUGGCGGGAGGGUACCUGGUGCUGGAGCGCCCCAACCCCGGCCUCGUCCUCAGCACCACCGCCCGCUUCUACGCCAUCGUCCGCCCGAUCCACGACGAGCUCAGCCCCGACUCCUGGGCAUGGGCGUGGGCGGAUGUGAAGGUGACCUCCCCUCAGCUCUCCCGGGAGGCCGCCUACAAGCUAUCCAUCAAGAAUUCGACGCUCCAAUUGACGUCCGCAAGGGAGUCUACAAAUCCUUUUGUGGAGCAGGCGAUACAGUUCUCCGUAGCCGCUGCCAAAGUGUCUAUUACUGACAAGGAGAAGAAAGAUGCACUAGAUAAGCUGCUGUUGCGAGGUUUGAACAUCACAAUUCUGGGUUCCAAUGAUUUCUAUUCAUACAGGAAGCAGAUUGAAGCACGUGGUCUGCCUCUAACGCCAGAGGUAUUGCUUUCAUUGCCUCCAUUUUGCUCAAUUACGUUUAACUCAGAAGUUGCUAAUGGAACUGGAGAAAUAUGCAAACCUGAAGUGGCAAAAACUGGACUUGGAUCAUCAGCUGCCAUGACUGCAUCAGUUGUCGCUGCUCUUCUUCAUUACCUUGGAGCUGUUAACCUUUCGUGUUCAGAUCAAUCAUCCAGUGUCACUGCAACUGGACGAGAUUUUGACUUUGUGCAUGCUAUUGCUCAAAGUGCACACUGUAUAGCACAAGGGAAAAUUGGCAGUGGCUUUGAUGUUAGUGCCGCUGUCUAUGGGAGUCACCGCUACACAAGGUUCUCUCCUGAAAUCCUCUCCUCAGCCCAGGUUAUAGGCGGGAGUUGCUUGCCAGAUGUAGUAGCAGAUAUUGUUACACGGAGGUGGGAUCAUGAGAAGACCCAAUUUUCUUUGCCUCCUCUGAUGUGCCUUCUUCUGGGUGAACCUGGAACUGGAGGAUCAUCUACUCCAUCAAUGGUUGGAUCUGUGAAACAGUGGCAGAAGUCUGAUCCUCAGAAAGCCGCAGAUACAUGGAGCAAGUUGGGAAUGGCUAAUUCAGUGCUGGAAAACCAAUUGAGAAGCUUAAGCAAACUUUCUGAAGAUCAUUGGGAUGCCUAUGAAUCUGUAGUGCGGUCCUGUAGUCGUCUCACAUUCACGAAGUGGACAGAGGUGGCUACUAAUCAGCAGCAAGAAUUGGUUGUCAAAUCAUUAUUGGCUGCGAGAGAUGCUUUCCUUGAAAUAAGGCUUCAUAUGCGAGAGAUGGGUGUGGCAGCCGGUGUUCCAAUUGAGCCGGAGUCACAAACGCAACUUCUGGAUGCCACUAUGAAUAUGGAAGGUGUUCUACUAGCUGGUGUUCCUGGAGCCGGUGGCUUUGACGCAGUUUUCUCACUGACCUUAGGUGAAGCAAGUGGUGCUGUAGCAAAUGCUUGGAGCUCGGUCGGUGUCCUCCCACUACUUGUUCGAGAAGACUCUCGGGGUGUUUCACUGGAAGCUGGCGAUCCAAGAACAGAGGAGGUGUCAACCGCUGUGUCGUCCAUACAGAUUGGCUGA